AAUUCAUUAGUUAGGAAACCGAAACUCUUCGACCACUCCUUUAUAAUUGCAUUGCCCGACAUUAGAUGAUAGCGGGGAGUAACGACUAAAUCGGAGGCAAUCGUAGUAGAUUGACAUCCCCACCCAAUUCAGCAAAGAAAGUGGGUAUCAAAGAUGGCUAACAGGGAUCUCGAAGUUCUGAAUGCUCUUGACAAGGCGAAGACACAAUGGUACCAUUUUACGGCAAUUAUAAUAUCCGGCAUGGGGUUCUUCACAGACGCUUAUGAUCUCUUCUGUAUAACGACGGUCACGAAGCUCCUGGGGAGGCUCUAUUAUUAUGAUCCAGCAACGGGAAAGCCUGGGUCGUUGCCCGCAAACGUGUCGGCUGCGGUUAACGGCGUGGCCCUCUGUGGGACUCUUGCGGGGCAACUGUUUUUCGGCUGGCUUGGUGACAAACUGGGGAGAAAGAAGGUCUACGGCAUGACGCUCCUGACGAUGGUGAUCAGCGCCAUUGCGAGCGGUUUGUCCUUCGGUCACACGGCCAAAUCCGUGAUGACCACGCUCUGUUUCUUCAGAUUCUGGCUUGGGGUUGGAAUCGGCGGAGAUUAUCCAUUGUCCGCCACGAUCAUGUCGGAGUACGCUAACAAAAGAACGCGUGGUGCGUUCAUAGCAGCGGUGUUCGCCAUGCAAGGAUUCGGUAUUCUUACUGGUGGUGCCGUGUCGAUCAUCGUGGCGGCUGCGUUCAACAAGGCUUAUCAUCGUCCUUCCUUUGAGGAAAAUCCGGGGUUGUCCACAGCCCCGCAGGCGGACUACGUGUGGCGAAUAAUUCUCAUGUUCGGAGCGGUGCCCGCCGUUCUGACCUACUACUGGCGGCUCAAAAUGCCCGAGACUGCCCGCUACACAGCCUUGGUGGCCCGGGACUCGAAGCAGGCGGCCGCUGACAUGUCGAAAGUUCUUCAGGUGGAUUUCCUCUCGCCAGACAACGAGCUAAAUGCAGUGACCACGACGACGACGAUUGCACCGGCCCGUGCAGAGCAAUUCGGGCUUUUUUCAAAAGAGUUCCUGAGGCGCCACGGAGUGCAUUUGUUAGGCACAUGCAGUUGCUGGUUUCUCCUGGACAUAGCCUUCUACAGCUCGAAUCUUUUCCAAAAGGACAUCUACACAGCCGUGGGAUGGUUGCCCGCCGCCAAAACAAUGAACGCCAUUGAGGAAGUUUACCGUGUGGCUAGAGCCCAGUCGCUUAUUGCGCUCUGUGCAACGGUGCCCGGGUACUGGUUCACCGUUGCCCUAAUUGACCGCAUCGGGCGCUUCGCUAUCCAGCUCAUGGGUUUCUUCUUCAUGACCGUGUUUAUGUUUGCUUUGGCGAUUCCUUACUAUCAUUGGCGAGGACACAAGUGUUCCAGUGGCUACUGCGGCGGUGACCACGUUGCUUUCGUGGUCAUGUAUUCAUUCACCUUCUUCUUCGCCAAUUUUGGGCCCAACAGUACAACUUUCAUCGUCCCGGCGGAGAUCUUUCCUGCGAGAUUGCGAUCCACAUGUCAUGGGAUUUCCGCAGCAGCUGGCAAGGCAGGCGCCAUAAUCGGAGCUUUUGGGUUCCUGUACGCCGCACAAAGCACCCAUGCAAGUGAAACAGAUGAGGGAUAUCCCAAGGGUAUCGGCAUCAAAAAGGCCCUUUUGUUGCUUGGUAUAAUCAAUGCACUGGGUUUUCUGUGCACAUUUUUAGUGCCGGAGGCCAAGGGUAAGUCGCUCGAAGAGAUGUCCGGGGAAAACGAAGAAGAACAAGAUGCCAACGCCGGAUCCUCUAAAACUGUGCCUGUUUGAACUUAACGUCGUAUAGUUCUGAGUUAUUAUAGUUAAUGUAUUAUGUGUGUUUCGUAGGCGCUUCGUUUGUGUCAUUGAAACGAAUCGUCCGAGGUGUACUGUAUAAUGGGAUAAAUGCGCAGUAAUCUCUUUUCAAUGUGGAGAUGUAUGUAUGUAGCCUGUUCACUUUCUUUGGGUUGAUAAUUGACACAGUGCCAUCUGGGUGUUUUUGUAAUGAAUUUUCCUUAUUAUGGGCUUCUGUUGAACCAGUCUAAUUAAUGUGAUCGGGAUCUUACAGAUUCUCUUUGUUGCACUUUCCUAA